AUGGAAUUCUGCGACCAGGAAGAGCAUAUAAAAAAAGAAUGCUUUCAAUUCAAAGAGUCAGUUAUAUUAAGACAACACUAUCAAGUGUUCAAAGAAAUCUUUAAGACAAAAGACAGAGACUAUCUUAGCAAAACAGCUCAAGAAGUAGAAAGUCUUCCAGAAACUGAAGAAAAAGAGAAAUUGAAAGAAGAAGCAAUAAAUGACAAAAUGGAAGACUCUCAGAAAGAAGCUAAACAAGCAACCACUUUCUCAGAAGCAGAACUUACAACAAGAGAUGAACUUGCACUAGACAGCCCAUCUUUUAAAGAUAAUAAUAAAGAGAAUAACCCUUCUUAA